AUGCAAAGUACAAGGAGAUCAAAGGAUGUGUCCCUCAGCAACCCAAAACGCUUUCCUAGGCUGACUGAGCCCCUUCCCCUACCCCCCUUCUAUCAGGAGACUUGGAUCAAGCAUAGCGACACCUUUGACGACUACCACACGGGCCCUACCCGUGAAGAGAUGCUCGUCGAGAACAAGCAGCUCGGUGACAUCCAUGCCAUGUACACCAUGGAUCCUAUCGCGACCUACAUUGCCUCCUCUAGCUGGACCCGUUUUGCCGACCAGGGCAUGCGCCUGCUUGCCGGGUAUGCUCACAUGCACUAUCUUAGGGAGCCCUGGGAGGUCCACGCACACAUCCUUCCCUGCCCUCGCCCAGCCCCUCACCCCUCCCAGUACUACCACCAGCUCUACCAGCAGCGUGCCCAGGACGAGUUUCUGAAGAAGACGCGCUCAACGGCGGCGGCAUUUGCAGGAAACCCUGUCCUUGACUUUGUUACCCGUGUCCCUCCAGACAUCGCCUUCAUGGGGCUCGAGGACAUGCUGCAGAGUUACCAAGAAGGCAAUCCAGCCUGCACUGAGAACUGGGACCUCUUUGUGCGUGGAUUCACCCCCGACCAGAAGCUAGUCUGCCUUGAUCUGGAGCGCGACUCUGUGGACGUCCCUGUUCAAGACAUCCUCGUUGACAUCGACAUCGACAGCAUCAUAUGGGUCACCCAGACCCUGCGCUUCAAGCAUGGCAUCGACCUCGCCAUAACCCCCACUGUCGGCAAGGCACCCCCUAUCCGCAAGAACAACCAUGUCUAUGUCAACAUCCUCUACCCUCCCACUGACCAAGAGCGGUUCUCUGGCGAGCGCGAAUGGGUUGAAAACAUCACUCCCCUCAGCAUCGUCCCUCACACUGUCUUUGCAAAGAUCUCGGACAGUAGCUCGCCAAUCUACGUCCUCAUCUGCUUCCCUCGCAUGCUCCACAGACACGAGGCACGUGGAACUUGGGAGGCCCUGAUUCCCUUUGAGGUCCAGAGGAUGUUCUGGAACGAGGUUCUCCUCCCUGCUCUGCGCCAGAAUGCCGAGCCUGGUACAGAGGCGUACAUGCCUGCCACCGUUGACGAGAACCUUCUGCGGGCUGGCUCUAAGGACCAGCGGAAGGGCGCUCACUUCAAGGCCAAGACGGUGAAUAUUCAGCCCCACAUUCUCACCGACCUUCAGGCCACCAUGCGAGAGAUCAUCCGGGACAAUCCUGAGCUUGACCUCUAUGGCUCGUUCUACUUUGUUCUCGAUGCCAAGAACCUGAAGCUUCAAACCCGCAUGUCUCUGCAUGACGUCAAGCAGGCUUCCUCUCCUUGGAGCAAGCUCAAGCUCUGCCAACCCUGUCUGGACCUCGACUACAUGGUUGACCGCAGGAAUGGUGAACUUCACAUCGACAUAGCCUAUUCCUUCACUCCCAACCCUGAAGCCACCCGCACAAACCUUGUCGGCCUGUGGCGCUUGGAUGUCCUCGAGGACUCCUUUGGAGCUGGUGGAUACACCAAGGGUACCCUUCACAACAUUGCCUCCCUCUCCCGCUACGGUGCUCUCCAGGCGCCCAUGUCCCGUGAGCGCUCGCAGCUCUCCCAUACCGUCUUUCGCUCUGCGUACAACCUACAGUACGAGCCCAUACGGUCGUCCGACAACGUGCCUUACUUUGCAAACGAUGGCGACGCCUACGAGGUCAAUGAAACCUAUCACACCGAGUGCAACCGGCGCAUCAGUGUCUUUCGGGGGAAUGCUCAAAAUACCACCUAUGGGGUGCGCGACGAGUACCGCAUUGGCGGUCAAGCUCUUCUUUCCUUUUUGGAGGGUUGGCAGGACAAGACCAAACAGUUCCUUGCUUGCAAUCCGAUCCUUUGGGUCAAGUCCCAGCACUGGUUUGGGUAUCUCGCUGCACGGGUAGAGGUCCUGCAGUCCCUCCAGAUCCGUCUCAGCAUGCUGCAGCCUCCAAACUAUGCCAUCCUUACCUCGCUCAUCUGUCACCUCAUCCGUGAGGUCUCUAGCACCCACACCAUUCCUCCCCAGCAUGUCCGUGCCUCCCUGGCCCACCUUCAGGCCCAGACGAUCAUCAACAACUAUGGCACUAUCUUUCUACACGAGCUCGACCUGUCCACCAUACCCAUGCUCCCACCCAUCCAGGACGAAGACGACGAAGUCAUCUUCCGUACGAUGAACAUCACCACCGAGGCUCGGAAGAACCUUGGGAAGCGGCGUGUUCAGCCCAUCUCUAACGCACCCUCUGUCGGCUAUCCUCUUGGGCCAACCCCGACCUGGAAAGCUAUUGCAGAUGCCAUCUCCUCACAUCCAGAAGGCUUUGUGCAGCAGUACCAGUUUGACCUUUACAUCCCGCAUACCACUGUCGCCGCCCGCCUCUUCAUCCUCUUCACCUUCCAUGCAUGGUCCAUGCUCAGCAAUGCCUGGCUCAUCGUCCCAGCCAUUUCCUGUCCUUCCUCUCUUGAAGACGCCAUGGAGUUCUGGACCAUUGGCAUGGCCCGUGGGACUAUCGCUAGAGUUGCCUUCGAGGCCACCAAUGGCGGUCUUUCUGGUCCCGUCCAUGGCCACAGGGAGCUGUCUUUCAAGGACAGAGCCAAGCUCUUCUUUCCUCCACCUGGUCACACCGUCCCAUCUGGAUCGCAGUGGUGGUUCCUUCUCAACGCUGAGGUGGGAUAUAUCUACGAGUACCACAGGACACUCCGCGAGUCGUCCAACUCAGCCGCUCAAGACAUCAACGAUGGCCUCGGACACAUCUUCUCACAUCUCCAACUUCUUCCCUACGCACUUGCCGGCACGCCUACCUCGCUUGGAUUCCUGUGGAAGCAGGACAAAGACAGUGUCCGUCUCGUCAUCAAUCCCCGAUACUACCGCAUGGCGUCGAUUGGAACUGGACAGCGCAAGCGCAACAGCACCCGCCGGGUCACCCUCUCAAAAGCAGGCUUUCUCAAACGCAUAUCCAGCAACAACAGCCACGGUGUCAGUGACAUGGGCGCCAUCAGCAAGUUCCAGAAUGCUUUGCGACAGAAGAGCGCCAAGAGGGCCAACUCCAAGC